AUGACCUGUGCCCUUCUCUUCAGACUUCUCCUACUUGCGGCCCUGGCAGCCCCCUCCCAAGGCAAACACCUUGGCCCCACAUCUCGCCUGCGUUAUUCCAGGUUCCUAGAUCCUUCCAAUGUCAUUUUCCUGCGCUGGGACUUUGACCUUGAGGCUGAGAUCAUCACUUUUGAGCUGCAGGUCCAGACAACUGGCUGGGUGGGCUUGGGUGUCACAAAUCGCUACACCAGAGUGGGGAGUGAUCUGGUUGUUGGAGGAGUCCUGCCUGAUGGCAACGUCUAUUUCUCGGAUCAGCACCUGGUGGAUGAAGACACCCUGGAGGAGGACGGGAGCCAGGAUGCUGAGCUGCAAGGGCUGACCGAAGAUGCUAUCUACACCACCAUGCGCUUCUCCAGGCCCUUCCGCUCCUGUGACCCUCACGACAAAGACAUUACGAGUGACACCAUAAAGGUGCUGGCCACCUACGGCCUGGAUGACACUCUGAAGCUGGAUCGGGACCGUACUUUUAUCAAGUCCAUCUUCCUGCUACAAAUAGUCCAUCCUGAUGACCUUGAUGUCCCUGAGGAUACCAUCAUCCAUGACUUGGAGAUCACUGAUUUCCUCAUUCCAGAGGAUGAUACCACAUAUGCCUGCACCUUCCUCCCUCUCCCCAUCGUUAGCAAGAAGCAUCACAUCUUCAAGUUUGAGCCCAAGCUGCCGGAGCACAACGAGACAAUGGUGCAUCACAUCCUGGUGUAUGCAUGUGGCAAUGCCAGUGUUCUCCCCACGGGCAUCAGUGACUGCUAUGGGGCUGACCCUGCCUUCUCCCUCUGCUCACAGGUCAUCGUGGGCUGGGCUGUCGGGGGCACAAGUUACCAGUUUCCAGAUGAUGUGGGUGUCUCUAUUGGGACCCCCUUAGACCCCCAGUGGAUACGACUGGAGAUUCAUUACAGCAAUUUUCACAACCUUCCUGGUGUGUAUGACUCCUCAGGCAUCCGAUUAUACUACACUGCACAGCUGCGCAAAUACGACAUGGGGGUCCUCCAGCUGGGCUUCUUCACUUUCCCCAUCCACUUCAUACCCCCAGGCGCAGAGUCCUUCCUGUCCUAUGGGCUGUGUAAGACAGAGAAGUUUGAAGAGAUGAAUGGGGCCCCAGUGCCUGACAUACAGGUCUAUGGCUACCUGCUCCACACCCACCUGGCUGGCCGUGCUCUGCAGGCCGUGCAAUACAGAAAUGGAGCACAACUCCGAACAAUCUGCAAAGAUGAUUCCUAUGACUUCAGUCUGCAGGAGACUCGAGAUUUACCUUAUCGAGCAGAGAUCAAACUGGGAGAUGAGUUGCUGGUGGAAUGUCACUACCAGACGCUGGACCGGGACUCCUUGACUUUUGGGGGUCCCAGCACCAUUAAUGAGAUGUGCCUCAUCUUCCUCUUCUACUAUCCCCGAAACAACAUCUCCAGCUGCAUGGGGUACCCUGACAUCAUCUAUGUGGCCCAUGAGCUUGGGGAGGAGGUAUCAGACCCCGUGGAGGGCAUGAUGGCCAUGAACAAUGUUGAGUGGACCCCAGAGAACAUUAAGAAGGCUGAGAAAGCCUGCAAGGAGGCCCAGCAGAUGGUGAUAAUAAAGACCAUUGAUGAAUUGGUGGAAAACACGACAGGCUGGAUUCCGGAAAUCAUCCCAACUGCUCGGGGACCCUGCUUGGAGUCCUCUGGAGGGAAAGUGGAGCCCCAGGACAAAACCCCUGCAGGCUUCAAGGCUGAACCAGUGGCCCUCUCAGGCUCCAGCACUGCUAGCCUGAGGCACCUCCCUCUGGCUGCCCUCUUGUUUGGGCAGGGGGCUCUUUCUUGGCUUCUUGCCAACCUGCAGGUUGGAGAUUGA